CGUAGGUGCUCGCUCGUUUGCAUUUGCUACCAUCAUUACCAUCGUCGUGAGGCUGUUUUCUCGUACAAUUAUCCUACAUGUUCCUGACAUUGCCUUCUGUCUCGAUCAUCUGUCAGAUUUCAAAGACUCUGUAAGACAGCAUCUCCCGCCGGGACUCAUCCGUAGUAGCGCCCGCUCGCCUUGUCACCCGAUCAUCAGCAUUACUUCGCCCUUCUGGCGCGCACACCCCGCCAUAGCCGCCGGGUGCCCGACUCCACCGUCAACACCCUCUGUAACCGCCAUCGAUUGCGAUUGCGUGCCGCACGCCCUGCGAUUGUAUUUAUUGGCGGAUCCGUUCCAGCUUCACUCAUCCUUUGUGGACGACUGAGGAUCGCUGCUGGAUUCUGCCUUCGUAUCUGCUCCAGUUUCUUCGAAUCCGCCUCCCGCGGACCAAGGAUUUCAAGAUGGCGGAUCCUUUCGCUGGCCGGACGAUGAAGCGCAAGAACGUUAAGGGACUUGCACUUUCAGCGCCCGCGAAACCCGUUGCACCUUCUGACGAGGACUCACAAAUGCCAGGCGCCCUUGGCAAUAAUGGCCGCCGACAGGACGCCUUGGAGCUUGGUGUUGAAUUCCGAGCUGACCUAAGGACUGAGGAUCUGGAGAUUGUGAAAGAGCUCGGUGCAGGAAACGGUGGCACAGUCAGCAAAGUGCGCCACAAGAUCACGAAUGUGAUGAUGGCAAGGAAAAUCAUCCAUGUCGAGGCUAAGAAGGAAGUCCGCAAGCGGAUCGUUCGAGAGCUUCAAAUCAUGCAUGAGUGUAAUUCCCCAUACAUCGUGUCCUUCUACGGAGCCUUCAUGAACGAGGCCAACGAUGUGACCAUGUGCAUGGAGUACAUGGAUGUUGGAUCUCUCGACAGCAUAUCAAAGGAGUUCGGACCCGUUCGGGUGGACGUUCUCGGGAAAAUCGCAGAAGCCAUGUUAGGAGGACUGAAAUACUUAUACCUUGCCCACCGUAUCAUGCACCGAGACAUCAAACCUUCCAACGUUGUAGUCAACAGCAAAGGACAGAUCAAGCUCUGCGACUUCGGUGUGUCUUCGGAGCUGGUCAACAGUGUUGCAGAUACAUUUGUUGGUACUGGUACAUACAUGGCUCCGGAACGAAUCCAAGGUAGCCCCUAUACCGUCAAGAGCGACGUCUGGAGUGUGGGCUUGACGCUUAUGGAACUUGCGAUUGGUAAAUUCCCAUUCAGCAUCGAGAAUUCGGACGACGAAGAUGAAGAAGAAGCCGGCCCCCAGGGCAUCCUCGAUUUGUUGCAACAGAUCGUGCUGGAACCGGCACCGAGAUUGCCCAAGAGCGAUGCCUUCCCACAGAUUUUGGAGGAUGUGAUUGCCAAAUGCUUGAUGAAGGUUCCAGAGCAACGACCGACACCACAGGAAUUGUACGAUUCGGACCCAUUCUUGCAGGCUGCCAAGCGCACCCCCGUCGAUCUUCAGGAAUGGGCCGUCAGCAUGAUGGACGAUGAUAGCCAAAGUAGCCACCAUGCUCAGCAAUUAUCGCCCGCCGGGCGUCCGAUGCAACGUGGUGAUGAGACACCACGGCAGAGCGUCAUUGGGUACAGCGACCGAACUCCUACCACAGGUGAGGCGCCACUCUCUGCAAACGGAUCAUCCUCUCGACCAUACCCCUCACGUACGAGCAGUGCCAAUCAGGUCCCUCAAGGAAACACGAUGAACCUGCCUAUCAGAGGUUCUUCCUCACGGAACAGACCAGAGACUUCGAGCGGUGACCGCGACGGAUAUCGAAGAGCUCCAGGCUUCGUACAAUGAUCGGUUCG